GCAGAAGGUGAGUGAGAGAGAGGGAGAUAGAGGAAGGGAUUCAGGGGUUGGAAUUAAAUCUUUAUGCACUUGAUCAUAAUUGUUGCAGAGGAAAAGCAAAGGAAAAGGGGUAAAACCCAGUUUGCAGAGUUGUAGACAUCACGGCUAUAUAUAGAGUUCUCCGGCCUCUCAUUCAUGUCCAAGCUGUACGACGUAAGGGUUGUGUAGUCGAAACUAGCAACCCUUCGCCGCACGGAGGACGUGGUGCUCUGCCUUCCGAAGGCGGGAGCCCAUCCGAUCUUCUCUUUCUUGCCGGCGGCGGCCGUCCUUCAUUCUCUUUCUCCUUCUAACUGUACACUUUACUAAUUAAGCAUAUUAGAAGAAAGAUUAGAUUAAGAGAUUAGUCAUGAUGUUGAAGAUCAAAAGAGUUCCCACUCUGCUUUCCAAUUACCAGAAGGAGGAGUCGGAGGGGUCUGGUUGUGGUCGGAAUUGUCUGGGCAAGUGUUGCGUUCGAGGCAUGAAGCUCCCUCUGUACGCUUUCAAGCCCAUGGACAAGAUGGUUCAUGAGAAGGAUAUGAUCGGAGAUGAGAAGAGAGAGCCGCCGGUGGCUUUUCUGGAUUCCCUCCUUCUUGGAGAGUGGGAGGAUCGCAUGCAGAGAGGACUCUUCCGCUACGAUGUCACUGCCUGUGAAACCAAGGUGAUACCGGGUGAGUACGGCUUCAUCGCUCAAUUGAACGAAGGCCGCCAUCUUAAGAAGAGACCCACCGAGUUCCAAGUUGAUAAGGUUCUCCAGCAAUUUGAUGGGAAGAAAUUCAAUUUCACAAAAGUUGGGCAGGAGGAAGUGCUCUUCCAGUUUGAACAGAGUGAGGAUGAUGAAGCUAACUUCUUCCCAUAUGCUCCAAUUGAUAUUGAUAACAGUCCUAGUGUUGUUGCCAUCAAUGUGAGCCCUAUUGAGUAUGGGCAUGUCCUUUUAAUCCCUCGAAUUCUCGAGUGUUUGCCACAAAGGAUCGAUCAUGAGAGCUUCUUGCUUGCUCUCCAUAUGGCAGUGGAAGCAGAGAAUCCAUAUUUCCGGCUGGGUUACAACAGCUUGGGUGCCUUUGCCACCAUUAAUCAUCUUCAUUUUCAGGCUUAUUAUUUAGCUAUGCCCUUUCCGAUUGAGAAGGCACCCAGCCGAAAAAUCACCACCUUCCAUGGUGGUGUGAAGAUCUCUGAACUGUUGAAUUAUCCAGUCAGGGGUCUUGUCUUCGAGGGUGGCAAUACUCUGCUUGACUUGUCUAAUGCCGUCUCGGGUUCCUGCAUUUGCCUUCAAGACAACAACAUCCCUUACAAUGUCCUCAUCUCUGAUUCUGGGAGAAGGAUCUUUCUCUUCCCUCAGUGUUACGCUGAGAAGCAGGCUCUUGGCGAAGUGAGUACAGAGCUACUGGACACUCAAGUAAACCCAGCAGUGUGGGAAAUUAGUGGACACAUGGUGUUAAAGAGGAAGCAGGACUACGAGGAGGCUUCUGAGGAAAAUGCUUGGAAGCUCCUUGCAGAGGUAUCCCUAUCUGAAGAAAGGUUCCAAGAGGUCAAAGAUCUCAUCUUUGAAAGAAUUGCUUGCAAAGAUUAUGAAAAUGGAAAUUUGAACCUGACAAUGGCUGAUGAAGAUGAUGAUGGCUCACCCCAGAGUCCCAAUGAAAUAGAUGCCAUGAAGAACGGAACUUAUACUAAAAUGGUUCCUGGGGAACAGGAAUGUGUGGUUCUGCAAUAGUGAGAUAUGUCAUAUAUGUGAACAUCUCUGCUUAAUUUAGCAUAGUAUUUACAGUUGUUUAAGUUUAUAUUGUCUUGUAUAUCGUGUGUUAUUGAAGUAACUAAAGAAAGCGAACUGGUUUGCUUCUACUAUGCUCAGUGUGAUGAGCCUAGGCUCAAGGGUCUUGUGAGUUGAUAUUAUAUGUCUAUAUGUAUUUUCUCAGAUAAUGAAAUAAGAGUCUGGCUUUGGUGUGUUCGUCUAGUGUGGAGUGUGCUAAUGAUUUUCUGCAUAUUUCAGUUCU